AUGCAACUUAUGGUGGAUGAAUUGUGUACAGCAGGCAGUAUUCUUGAUAGGGCUAUUGAAGCAGAGGACAGGAAGCAUGGAGACUUUCUGAGGCUGGAACACAUUGAGGGGUACCUUGAACUGUCGGCCAAGACGAAGUCUUUUUUUACUACAGUUGUUGCUUUGUGGGAUGCGGAUUUCUAUGUUAAAUAUAGGUAUAGAUGCCAAUAUUUUUCUGUUGCAUUUUCUCAUUUUAUUUUCCAAAUAACUAUAUUUGUUUCGUUAUUUCGUGGGAGAUAUUAUGAGAUCAUGAUUUUGAAGCUGGAAAUUACUGUAAUAGCUUGCUCUUGUGGAAGACCUGAGAUUCCAGUUUUUUUCUUUUUUCAUUACAACACUAAAGAUCUUUGAGUGUAGACAACCAUGAGGUCUACAACUGUGGCUAACUGCCUAGCCACUGAAUGUGAUACAUAGCAGAAUAU